UGCGGCGAGAGGAGGAGGAGCGGCCCUGCGAGGCCACGUUUUGUGUUUGUUAUUUUCCUUUGGAGCACUUCUCGCAGGCCCUUCCCGAGGGCUGAACGCGCCGAGCCCCGCCGCCCCGACCUCCAGGUGACAGCCGGUCAGCCUGGUAGGCGUCAGCUCCGCCCCGUCACCUCCCGCCCACAGCCCAUUCCCCGCCCAGCCUCCCCGUGCCAGCCCGAGGCGCGCGGCGGCCGCAGCGGCUCUGCGGCGCUGGAGCGGGCGGCGCCCGGCGGGGCCCUCGGCGUCGUGCUCGGACCAGCCAGAGCCGCGGCCGACCAAGGGGGAAGUCCGGCUCCCGGGAGAGAGCCCGAGGAAGGAGGAUGACGAUUUAAGCCGCCCUCUCCUGCCAGUCCAGCUGCCGGGCGCUCGCUUGGUGCCCGCCGCCGGAGCCGCGCCGGUGAAGUGCCGCAUGGGGCAGGGCCGCUGAAGCGCGGAGUUCGGGGUCGCCCCGCGCCCAGGCGGGCGCCCCACGCGGCCGCAGGCACAGUUUCAGCGGCACCGUCAGCGCCGAAGUUAGGGGCGCGGUGCGCCUACCCCGCCGCCUCCGCGCCCUAGUGAGGCGCGGGUUAUGGAGCCCCCCAGCUGCCUUCAGGAUGAGCCGUUCCCGCACCCCCUGGAGCCCGAGCCUGGCGUCCCUGGGCAGCCGGACCCCGGGAAGCCGGGCGACAAGCGGUUCCGGCUGUGGUACGUGGGAGGCUCGUGCCUGGACCACAGGACUACGCUCCCCAUGCUGCCCUGGCUCAUGGCCGAGAUCCGCCGGCGCAGCCAGAAGCCCGAGGCGGGCGGCUGCGGGGCGCAGGCGGCCCGCGAGGUGCUCCUGGUGCUCAGCGCGCCCUUUCUGCGGUGCGUCCCCGCGCCGGGCGCGGGGGCCUCGGGGGGCGUGGGCCCCGCGGCCGCGCAGCCCAACCCUGCGGUGUUCAUCUUUGAGCACAAGGCACAGCACAUCUCGCGCUACAUCCACAACAGCCACGACCUCACCUACUUUGCCUACCUGAUCAAGGCGCAGCCCGACGACCCCGAGUCGCAGAUGGCCUGCCACGUUUUCCGCGCUACGGACCCCAAUCAGGUUCCUGAUGUUAUCAGCAGCAUAAGACAAUUAUCCAAAGCUGCCAUGAAAGAGGAUGCCAGAGCCAGCAAGGACAAUGAGGACGCCUUCUACAACUCGCAGAAGUUCGAGGUCCUGUACUGUGGGAAGGUGACCGUGACCCACAAGAAGGCCCCGUCCAGCCUCAUUGACGACUGCAUUGAAAAGUUCAGCCUGCACGAGCUGCAGCGCCUGCGGAUCCAGGGUGAGCAGCGCGCCCCCGAGGCCAGCGACGACCCCGGGGUCUUCGAGGCCGAGGGGCCUGGCUCUCCCACAGACGUGCCAGACGACGGGGCCAGCGUCGUCAGUGCCCACCUGGCCUUCCCCACUGCGGCCAGCCAGCCCGGGCUUCCUAGCCCUCGACUUGGCUUCCCUGAGCGGAUUUUGGAAGAUUCUGGCUUUGAUGAACAGCAGGAGUUCCGGUCUCGGUGCAGCAGCGUCACCGGCGUCCUGCAAAGGAGAGUUCACGAGAACAGCCAAAAGCCACAGCCGCGGCGGAGACACGCCAGCGCGCCCAGUCACGUCCAGCCGUCAGACUCAGAGAAGAACAGAACGAUGCUGUUCCAGGUUGGGCGGUUUGAGAUUAACCUUAUCAGUCCAGACACUAAAUCAGUUGUGCUUGAAAAGAAUUUCAAAGAUAUCUCUUCUUGUUCUCAGGGUAUAAAGCAUGUUGAUCACUUUGGCUUUAUCUGCCGGGAGUCACCAGAGCCUGGGCUGAGCCAGUAUAUCUGUUAUGUGUUCCAGUGUGCCAGUGAAUCUCUGGUGGAUGAGGUAAUGCUGACUCUGAAACAGGCUUUCAGUACAGCUGCUGCCCUGCAGAGCGCCAAGACCCAGAUUAAGCUGUGCGAGGCCUGCCCUAUGCACUCUUUGCAUAAGCUCUGUGAAAGGAUCGAAGGUCUCUAUCCACCAAGAGCUAAGCUGGUAAUACAGAGGCAUCUCUCAUCACUGACCGAUAAUGAGCAAGCAGACAUCUUUGAACGAGUUCAGAAAAUGAAGCCAGUCAGUGACCAGGAGGAAAACGAACUUGUGAUUUUACAUCUGAGGCAGCUGUGUGAAGCCAAGCAGAGGACACACAUCCACAUUGGAGAAGGCCCAUCGACUUUUUCAAAUAGUACAAUCCCGGAAAAUGCAGCCAGCAGCGGAAGGUUCAAACUUGACAUUCUGAAAAAUAAAGCUAAGAGAUCCUUAACUAGUUCCCUGGAAAAUAUCUUCUCAAGGGGAGCUAACAGAAUGAGAGGUCGGAUUGGAAGUACGGACAGUUUUGAACGGUCGAACAGUCUUGCUUCGGAGAAGGAUUAUUCACCAGGAGACUCUCCACCAGGGACACCACCAGCCUCCCCACUGUCCUCAGCUUGGCAGACGUUCCCUGAAGAGGAUUCUGACUCCCCGCAGUUUCGAAGACGGGCGCACACGUUCAGCCACCCACCUUCAAGCACAAAGAGGAAGCUGAAUCUCCACGACGGGAGGGCUCAUGGUGCUCGCUCCCCUCUUCUGAGGCAGGGCUCCAGCGAGCAGUGCAGCAUUCUUCCAUCAGCGCGGCGCAUGCACAAGGAGAGUAAUUCUUCCUCCAGUCUUCCAAGCCUUCAUACUUCCUUCUCUGCCCCUUCCUUCACUGCCCCCUCUUUCCUGAAAAGCUUUUACCAGAAUUCAGGUAGACUGUCCCCACAGUAUGAAAAUGAAAUCAGACAGGACACUGCUUCAGAAUCAAGCGAUGGAGAGGGGAGAAAAAGGACCUCGUCUACUUGCAGCAAUGAGUCCCUAAAUGCCGGCGGAACCCCUGUCACUCCUCGCCGAAUCUCCUGGCGGCAGCGCAUUUUCCUCAGAGUCGCUUCUCCCAUGAACAGAUCACCUUCGGCAAUGCAGCAACAGGAUGGACUGGACAGGAGUGAGUUGCUUCCACUGUCCCCUCUCGCUCCAACCGUGGAGGAGGAACCAUUGGUUAUAUUCAUGUCUGGUGACGAUGACCCAGGAAAGGCUGAAGAAAGAAAAAAGUCAGAAGAACUAAGGAGUUUGUGGAGAAAAGCUAUACACCAACAAAUCUUGUUACUUCGAAUGGAAAAAGAAAACCAGAAACUUGAAGCAAGCAGAGAUGAACUCCAGUCCAGAAAAGUUAAAUUGGACUAUGAAGAAGUUGGUGUGUGUCAGAAGGAAGUCUUAAUAACCUGGGAUAAGAAGCUGUUAAACUGCAGAGCUAAAAUCAGAUGUGACAUGGAAGAUAUUCAUUCUUCCCUUAAAGAAGGUGUUCCCAAAAGUCGACGAGGAGAAAUUUGGCAGUUCCUUGCUUUACAGUAUCGUCUAAGACACAGACUGCCUAAUAAACAACAGCCUCCUGACACAUCCUAUAAAGAACUUUUAAAGCAGCUCACGGCUCAGCAGCAUGCAAUUCUGGUGGAUUUAGGAAGGACGUUUCCUACUCACCCUUACUUUUCAGCACAGCUUGGAGCAGGGCAACUGUCACUCUUUAACCUCUUGAAGGCCUAUUCAUUACUGGACAAAGAAGUGGGUUACUGUCAGGGGAUCAGUUUUGUGGCUGGAGUCCUGCUUCUGCAUAUGAGUGAAGAGCAAGCCUUUGAAAUGCUGAAAUUCCUCAUGUACGACCUCGGCUUCCGCAAGCAGUACAGACCCGACAUGAUGUCACUACAGAUUCAAAUGUACCAGCUGUCCAGGCUCCUCCAUGACUACCACAGAGACCUCUACAGUCACCUUGAAGAGAAUGAAAUCAGCCCCAGUCUUUAUGCCGCCCCCUGGUUUCUCACAUUGUUUGCCUCUCAGUUUCCACUAGGCUUUGUAGCCAGAGUUUUUGAUAUUAUUUUUCUUCAGGGGACUGAAGUUAUAUUUAAGGUUGCACUCAGCCUACUGAGCAGCCAAGAGACACUUAUAAUGGAAUGUGAAAGCUUUGAAAAUAUUGUUGAAUUUCUUAAAAGCACACUACCUGAUAUGAAUACAUCUGAAAUGGAAAAAAUUAUCACACAGGUUUUUGAGAUGGAUAUUUCUAAACAGUUGCAUGCCUAUGAGGUGGAAUAUCACGUGCUUCAGGAUGAGCUUCAGGAAUCUUCAUAUGCCUGUGAGGAUAGUGAACCUCUGGAGAAGCUGGAGAGGGCCAAUAGCCAACUGAAAAGACAAAACAUGGAUCUCCUAGAAAAAUUACAGAUGGCUCAUGCUAAAAUCCAGACCUUGGAAUCCAACCUGGAAAACCUUUUGACCAGAGAGACCAAAAUGAAAUCUUUAAUCCGGACCCUGGAGCAAGAGAAAAUGGCUUACCAAAGGACAGUGGAGCAGAUCCGGAAGCUGCUGCCCGCCGAUGCGCUCAGCGACUGUGACGUGCUGCUGAGAGACCUAAACUGCAACCCCAACAACAAAGCCAAGACAGGAAGCAAGCCUUAGUCGGAGAAGUGCCGCUCUGCAGACCACGCUCCCGGGAUGCCACGGAAGGGAAGAGCCCGCGCGCUGCCCGCGCAGCUCCGGACGCGGGAGCCGCCGAGUGUGUGCUGAGCCCGUGGGCGCCGGCGGCCCUCGCUCUCACGGAGGCGGCCAGUCCUAGGCCAUUGUUCAUAUAUAGACUGUUUCGGUUGUUGUUGACAGUGUACAUAUAUAAAAAAUGGACGUAAAGAGUUCAUGCUUUCAGAUAAAAGCAGUAGGUAUAGUUAGACGAAUUUUUACAAUCAAAACUUAAUGAAAUCCACACCAAAGGGAAGUUAAAAUGCAAUUCCCCUUGGACACAUGUGAUUCAUUUGUAGUGAAACAAAGCUAGAGCAUCUUUGUUGAAAUAUACUUGAAUAAAAUGAAUGUAUUUUUUUCUCCAAAGAACAGCAUGUUUCACUCAAUGGUGGAAGGUGGAAAUAUCUGUGUACCUUUAUAUGUAUCUGUCUUAAAAUCUACUGACAUCGUAUAUAUGAGGAAAAUUAUUGCCAGUCACUCUCCAGUGGGAUUUUCAGGAAGGUGAGGGUUUUCUUCCUCUGCCUGUUUUGUGCCAACUAGCAUGUUGCAUCUACAUGCAUUUUGAGUCUGCUUAGGUAUUAACUUUAGAUGUGGGUAAAGAGUAAGCAAGACAUCAGGCUGUCUGCCCACCCAGCUAAAGGUGAAAGAGAAUGUUGCUAAUUUUCUAGCAAAUUAGACCAGCAUUGUUACUCAAACUAAAAAUAUCAGGCCUCAGAAAUUUAAUUCAGGACCUAAAUUGUCUAGGUCAGCCUUCUACAGUUUUAUUUAAAUUCCUCCUACAAUUGUGGAACAGACCCCCCCUUUUACUUGGUGACAAGAAUUUUCCAUUUUCCCACCAAAAUGUGGGAGCUCUUAAUUUAAUACUCUGUACCCUUGAUGAAGGAUAAGGAAAUGCAGUUAUGACUGGUUUUCCAAAGAUAAUAAACUGUGUUGAGAUGCUUCUUUUUUUUUUUUUUUUUUUUGCCAAUCAACAGAAUCUAGUAAUUUCUCAAUCAUCUUCACCUUCUAUGUGAAAAUGUAUGAGAACUGUGAAAUGUUUUCAAUAAACGGUUGAAAUCCAUCAGAAAAGAAGGGGAUGGUGGCACCAAGCCUUUCAAAAACCUGCAGUUCUGCAUUUCGACUCCUGGCUUCUCAGCCUAUGGAGAGCUCAUGAGAGGAAAUUCAUGCAUGCUGGGUAUUUGGAAGGGAAGUAAUUUUCAAAGUAAACAUGCAAUUCUCCAUUUCAGAGAUGAUGCUACAAUAGUGCCUCUGAAAGUUGAUGCAGCAUUUUUGCCUUUCCAAACUGCUCACCAUCACUGCAUUGGUUAGCACAUAUGUUAUUACAGAUGGAUUAUCUGGGAUAAUUUUCUUCAAAGGGAGUUUGUUAUCCACAAGCUACAAUGUAUUAUAUAGUAGAAGACUAUUUCAGAAAACCGUGAUGAGCAGAUGAUGAGUAUCUGAGACCACCGCCCCCCCGCCGCCCCUACACUGUUUCCCAGUGUAAAUGCAAUGACAUUUUCCUUGCAAAUCAGUGUGCCCUCCAAUCUAGGCAGUUUCUUAAAAGAAAAGAAAAUCUUAUAAGUACAAUUAAUGUAAUUUCUAGAUUCUAGAAGAUGCUGAUUCUAGGUACCCCGUCAGUUGGAACUACCAACUGAUUUGUUGCUUGGACUUAGCCCAAAUUUCUCUGUUUGUAUGAGAGUUAUUUUCCUAUAAGGAAUAUAACAAAUAUCAUCUAGUUACUGUCUUUUAAUGAAAUUACCUUAUGUGUGUGAUAUGCAGAUGGUAGCCAAGGAAUCUUUAAGUUGGGAAAAGAAACUUUUCCUUUCAGUUGUUCAGUUGAAAGUCAAUUUUAUUCUGGGUGUUGAGAAUCAGCGUUAUGAGUUGUAUUAUUAUGUUCAGAGAUUAAAAGUGUCUUGGAUAUAUUACUUCUUUUGAAAAUGAAAAUUCUUUUUCUUUUGUUUUUAAAUGUUGUACCAGUUAUGCUUCAUGCAUUGUGAUAUCUUUAUCAGGUUAAUGUAAUGUCUAGUUAAUUUCCAAUAAAUUCAUUGCUGCAGUUUC